CAUGGAUGUUUGACCACAAGAUGUCUUCACCUGGGUAUCCCCAAUCGAAUGGCAAGGCUGAGAACGCGGUACAGACAGUGAAGAGACUUUUCCAAAAGUGCAAAGAGUCUGGCAUCUCUGAGUUCCAAGCCCUGCUGGACUGACGCAAUACACCUACAGCUGGCAUUGGUACUAGUCCAGCCCAGCGCCUCAUGGGUCGGAGAUGUAAGACCCURCUCCCAAUGGCUGGCACACUCUUACAGCCAAGGUACGCUACAGAGGAGGAAACCCGGAAACUCGUGGGUAACAGGCAGCGUCAAGAGUACUACUACAACAGGCGCUCUAAGCCCCUAGCGCCAAUCGAAAUUGGAGACACAAUCAGAAUGCAGCUGCCAGGUCAGAGAACAUGGAACAGAGUGACCUGUACCACUAAAGCUGGACCCCGGAGCUACGAAGUCCAAGUUGAAGAGGGGGUGUAUAGGCGUAAUCGAAGGCAGUUGCUGAAAACCAACGAGCCGCUGACUGCUACGUCACCUGAGAAAGACAAUGGCGAGUACGCUCCACCUGCAAGUGAACUGACACAGCGCACAGAACAGUCCGACGCACCACCUGCAGUGGAGCCUGUCUUGUGCUGAUUACAGCGUUCCGUGAAACCACCCGUUUGGCACAAAGACUUUGUGAAAGACUAAGCAUUUAUAUUUUCAUCAACUUGAAUAUUUACUGUUUUGUUCUCUAACGGGCACUGUGAUACUUUACCUUUAGAAUGGGAAAGAUGUGACAAGUUGUUGUGUGACUAUGACGUGUACACAGUUGAGCAACAC